ACCGUUUAGAGAUGGCGAUGUCGUCAUGGUUAGUUGAUCGCCAGAUGUGACAGACCGCAUACCGAACCCGUAACGCACCAUUUUUCGAAGGUUACUGGCCGUACAAACCAAUGGACGUGGUAUCCGAGGGUGACCGUAUCGCGAAACAUGUAUCGUUCUCCACCUCUUGCCACCUGUUGGACAAGCUAAGAGGGUUGAAAGUUGCCAAGGCGAAAAAGGCUGUACUGGCUCGAUUCAUUCUUCUCUGGGAAACACAGUAUUUUGGUUUACCCGGUGCUGACACUCGUGCUGGGGCUGGUCGUGCAAGUUUCUACCCACUUCUGAGACUAAUGCUUCCUCAGUUUGAUCGGGCUAGACCGGCUUAUGGAUUACGGGAAACCGCUCUGUCCAGAUUAUAUAUUAAAGCUUUUGGCAUAGCUAGUACGGGUCCUGUUGCUCAAAGUCUCAUGCAUCCGACCGGACAGUCAACAAACCUGACAAGAAAUGCUGAUUUUGCAGACUUGGUUUUUGACGUUGUUCGGAAUCGCUGCAGGGAAGACAGUGUGUUGAAUUUAAAGGACGUGAAUGAACUUCUGGAUAAACUCGCUGGUGCGCAGUCUGCGGACGAGCGACUCAGCACGAUGCAGAACUUUAUGCGUUCAGCUACGGCGUUGGAGCACAAAUGGCUUGUACGUUUGGUUGUACGACGUGAUUCUGGGUGUGGAAUGACUGCCGCAAAUGUUCUGCAUUGUCUGCAUCCCGCAGCACCUGAUCUUUGGGAUGUGACGCAGGACCUGACUUUGCUUUGUCAACGCAUUGCGGAUCUGGAUCCAAAAGUCUCACCUUCGUCAUUAUCAUCGGUUAGUCAAGACGGAGCAACAGUCAACUUAUUCGUCCCUUUUCGACCGAUGCUUUGUGAACGCUCCGAUUCCCCAGAAUUACUUUGCGCAUCUGCGCUAGCUUUGUGCACCCUCGGUGGGACUGCUCCAACAGAAUUGGGCCUGAUGUUGGAGACCAAGUAUGAUGGUGAGAGGGUUCAGGUUCACAAAUCCGGCACCUCAUAUCGCUAUUGGUCCCGUAACUGCUUGGAAUGGACUGCGAGCUACGGUGCCGAUGGAGAUCAGGAUAUAGGCUCACUUACACCACGGCUCCACAAAGCUUUCGCUUCCCAUGUUCAAAGUUGCAUAAUCGACGGAGAGAUGAUGGCUUACAACACCUGGACGGAUGUGAUAAUGCCAAAAACUACGGGCUUCGAUGUCAAGCGCAGCCACCUGGACAGCGAUCUAUUCCGCAACCCACCACUGUCCGCUGAGGAUGCAGAGAAUUAUCAGCCCUGUUUGAUUGUGUUUGAUUUACUCUAUUUAAACGGAGAAGUCAUAACCAACAAAACUGUUGUGGAACGCAAGCGCUUGCUUGCUCAAGUAUUUGGUCUAGAGCCGACAGCCAACAGUUGCAUCUCUGAGCGACCACUGGCCUCAACGUACGAUGACUCAGAAACUCCACCGGUCGUCUGCCCCCCUCCACUCCCUGUGAUUGACGGCACCAUUUACCUAUCAGGUUGGUGCCAAGUUCCUAUAAUGGCGGAUCACAUCAUCAAAGUGUUUGAUUAUCUAAUGGACUAUCGUCAAGAGGGUCUUGUGGCUAAACUCACAGUCGGCCGAAGUCCUUAUCUCCCCGGUCGUCGUCAGCGGGGUGGGUGGUGGAAGUUAAAGCCAGAUUACGUAUCCGGUCUACUGGAAGAUUUGGAUUGUCUGAUUGUUGGGGGUUACUUUUCUUCAGCAUCAGGUUCCAAGCAUCUCAACCAGAGUAAACGAGUACGACAGUUCUUGUGCGCUGUCCGCGGUCCGGACCAUUCGAACCAACAAGAUGAUUUACCUCUACCUUGUUUUCUCUCUUUUUGCCGUGUCAGCGCUGGACUUACAGUCAAACAAUUCAAAGAACUAAAUCAUAAGCUUGGCCCGCACUGGAAACCAUUCGACCGGAAACACCCAAACACAGGAUUCACUGAAUGGCUUAGAGUCACAACCGAACGACCAGAUGUUUGGAUAGCACCGCAGCAUUCGGUAACACUGCAGUUACAUGCCUCCGAACUCAUUUCAAGUGGUUCGUAUGCGACCGGCCUCACAGCUCGCUUUCCGCGUGUGGUCGCUGUGCGAGACGACAAACCAUGGCAGGACUGUCUCACAAUGGAGGAACUUGUACGCUUGAAUACAGAGACACAGGGUAAACUUGCUGUCAGACGCCUUGCUAAGCUGGAGGGUAGUGAUUACCCACUCAGUGAUAACGAUGCGAUCGAUCGGUCCCUCGUUGAACCAUCUAGUCCCAGUGACCGGAAUGAUCCCACCUUAUUGGAGGAUGAGCUGUCGUUGAGUUCCGAUACUCACAAUACGUCUACAAGCGAUGAAAAGAGUUAUGGUAAUCUAUACGUUGGCACGAAGCGGUCUAGCACCCCACGAGCCACAUCAACUCCAGUGAAGAAGCGGAGACUCCCUGUUAGAUCCGUGCAGAACACUGCAAUGGCUCGUUCUCUGCCUGAUGUUAUGCGUCCUUCAAGUUUGUUUCUUCCAAGUGUGAACUUCAUGGAAAAUCGUGAGUUUUGCCUUCUAUUCUCUGCGGACAUGAGCUCGGCGGACAAAGAGGAAUUGGAACAGGAAAUCAAGGCAGCUGGUGGUACUGUUGUGCAAAAUCCGCGGUCGAGCACAUUUUGCAUCAUAGCAGAUAAAUUAACGGCUAAAACCCGCAACAUCCUAGCUGCCUGUAGCACCUCUCCUGGUGGCAAACGUUCAGGAGGUAAUUCAGCGCAUAUGUACAACAUAGUCUCCGUUUCGUGGCUUGAAUCCUGUCUUGAAGCAGGAAAGCUACUACCUUGGCGACCCAAUCAUUUGUUGGUGAUGAAGCCAGAAACCGCUGAAAGUUUAAAUACCGAAUUCGACAGCUAUGGAGACAGUUUCACUGAACCGCUGACAGUGGAUGGCCUAAAAGAGUUACUGUCGCAGGCGUUUGAAGGAGAUGAUGGAGAGUCAAGUCGUCCACAGGGAAUAGCGGCUACGGUAACAUCUGUCCGUUUGGUCUAUCUACAGAACCCUUCAUUCGAUACUUUGGCUGAAUUUAUUGGCUUAACGAGAACAAUCGAUUCAGACUUCCCUCCACUUCGACCGCUCGGUGGAUACAUCAUCUUGCCGGUACGGCUUCCCCAAGCAUCUGAAACCUCACUGGAUGUUCAGAAGUAUGAUACCUAUUCGGACUGCCAGGAACUCGAAGAUCGACUACUGUUAGCUGAUCUUCGUUCACUUGGGGCCAUCGUGUUUCCAGUUCAUGUGAUUGAUACAGAGCAGUCAAUAGCACAAGCGAUGGACUUAGUCGAUCACACACUGCGCAGUUUAUCCGAAUCUCAUGAAGGCUCCUGGACAUUAUCGCAUUUGUUAUUGUUAUCGGAAGAAGGCAAUCCGAAUCGGGAACAAAUUUUUCGAGGGUUUAGGUGCAAGUCUACUUCUGACCAGCCAUAUUUUGUCACGAAAACAUGGGCACUCAAAUGCGUAAGUGAUAAAGUUCAAGUCCCGGAAAAUUCAUUCUUAUUCACUCUGGACCAAGAAUAACUACUUCCUUUAUUUCACCUGGCUGUGUUUUUAUCUUCCCUUCUGCUACUGAUCUUUAUCCCCCCUGUUGUUUUUUUAUUUCACAUGCUCGCUUCUUAUGUUUUGUACCUUCUACUCAACGCAACUCGUGUAAUGGUGAUGCUCACAUUUGUAUUACUAACGUUUGAAGUAAAAAGGCUCCGCGGGAUUUUCA